AUGCCUUCACGGUUCUGUUCUUUCUGUAAAAACAACGGAGAGACAGUGGAGUUCUACACAACACAUACCUUGAAAGAUAAAAUUGGCAGAAUAGUUUGCCCAACCCUGGGACGCUAUGUCUGUCCACUAUGUCAUGCAACAGGCCCCAAUGCACACACCUUGAGCUACUGUCCAUUG